GGGGGGGGGGGGGGGGGGAGAGGUUCCGAAAUUCGACUUUCUAUAAAGGCGAAGCCAUGGAGAAAUUACGGUGCGGCUGCAACCACCGCAGCAAUUGUCUGGAUUCUGAACUGACAAGAAAAUGGAUCCUCUGUUGCUGAAGAUCAAGCUUCUUCUCCUUGCUUGGCUCCACCUCCGCCGAUCUCGCCCUGUUACGAUAUCAUUUGUGAAGCGAUUCAAAUACAAUGACAUAAAGAGGGCUACAGAUGGUUUCCGAAGGAUUAUUGAAAAUUCUUCAAAUGGGGCUGCAUAUAAAGCCCAAUUCCAAGAUGGUGCUGCUGCCCUAGUAAAAGAAAUAAAAGAUUUUGAUGAAGAAAAAGAUGCCUUCUACAGAGAAAUCAAACUCUUGGGGAGCUUGCAUCACCGCCACAUUGUUUCACUCAGUGGGUUUUCUGAAGGACGUAAGAGGUUCCUUGUGUUUGAAAGCAUAGAAAAUGGAAGCCUGAAAGAACAUCUAAAUGAUCCUCUUAAGACUCCCUUGAACUGGAGAACAAGACUGCAAAUAAUCAAUGGUGUGGCGGCUGCUCUGGAAUAUUUGCACUUCUUUUGCGACCCUCCGAUGUAUCACGUCUCAAUCAGUUCAAGUACCAUCAUGUUAGAUGACAAAUUCAGUGCUAAGCUCUGGGAUGUCGGUCUUCUAAAUGCUCGCGGAAAUACCAUAACAAUGCCAGUCUCUUCAUGCUUGAAGGGACAGACAUCCACAAAUAUCGUCUUUCAGCUAGGAUUGCUGAUCCUUGAGCUAAUAACUGGUCAGUCCUCGGAGGAUGGAGGUGCCGAUUUAAUCCAAUGGAUCCAGGAAUCCAAGCCUCGUUUUUCAAGAUCGAUACAUAAUAUGCUUGAUCCAGAUCUUGGAGAUAAUUACAAUUCCAGAGAACUAAAAGGUCUGUUAGCUGUGGCCAGAAUGUGCAUAAGAUCAGCGGAUAAGCCAACAGUUUUUACUCCCCAGGUAUUCAGGUAUCUCCAGAAGAAUGUAGGUAUAGCAUAAAUUGUUCUUGAUGACUGUUGUAGUGUUUAUAUUUAAUGUAUUAUAUGCAUUAGAAAUUGAGUUGAUGGCUAAACCAAACUUAGGUCCCAUGAAAAAUGCAUUUGGCAUGUUUCAGUUGCUUGCUUCUUCUUCA